CCCAACCUACUCUGGCUGCGUUGGGAAUGGGCUAACGACACUUCACGGGAACGGGACUGUGAAGCGACCGAGCAGUUAUAAAUAUUUGAAACGUUUUGCUUAAAAAGGAAGACUGGGAUAUUGGAUAUCGAGCCCAAACGGCACUGAGAACGAUUUCUUGCUACAUCAGAGUUUGUGGUCACAUUUAUUGUUGCUGCAAGGACUAGGACCAGGGCCCAGCAAAGAGGUCACCCUCUGCCUGCAUCUUGCCUCUUGGGAUGCCUAGAAUUUUGUUACAGUAGUGGAGAGGAUCGCCACCUUAGUAUCUGCAAACAUUGGGUCAGCCAGCUGAUCACCAUGCCUCACUUUAGCGUCAGUCCCAGCUCAAAGCCUAACUGUUGCCCUGUCUGGCUCAUUUGUAUUCUCCUGGGCCUCUCGGCUGCACACACUCAUGCCAAAGAUGUCCUUAGUGUACCCCAGCAGGUGAGCCUGUCAGCCAACUUGUCUACACAGCAACUAUCAAUAUCUUGGCUGGGAGGAACAGCCACAACGUUUGACCUCAUGAUUCUAAGAACUGAACUCAGUGAAACUGUCUUCUAUGAGACAGUGUCUGUGACAGUGAAUCAGGUGAGUGGUUGGCACCAGUGGAACUGGACCUCAGUUGAACCUCUGGAGUGUACCUCGCUGUCAAUCCAAAUCCGCUCAAGAGAUGGACAGACAACAAGUGAAUGGAGCAAGACUCAGAUACUUCAAGGAAAUGAUAUCCCCAGCAAUGAGAGAUUCCAGAUGUACCCUGUGGACAGAGUUGUACCUGUGGGGGCCAACACCACCUUCUGUUGCAUUGUGGAGCAGGGGAAGGUCUUUGGUACCAUCCGCUACAGUGGCAAAGUCAUGAACACGACGCAACUCAGUCUGCGAAGUUACGCCACUACAGUGGUUAAUCAGGGACCAUCCGGCAGCUCGGGAACCAACAUCGUCUGUUACGACAGCCUGAAGGCACUGUCUGGAGCAGUGGUGUUUGUUGGAUAUCCACCACUGCCCAGUGAUUUUGUGUGUGAGACGCAUGACUUAACCUCAGCUGUAUGCAGGUGGAAUGAAGCACGAGACACACAUCUCUAUGGCAAACGAGGAACACACUACUUGCUGAACAAGAGGGAGUGUAUACAGGACAGCCGGCAGCAGAAGUUAAAGGAGUGUAGUGUGGCCCAAUGGGAGGGUAACUGGACAUUGGUAGCUGUGAAUCCCCUCGGCCAGUAUAGCCUCACUGACUCUGCUGAACUCAGUCACAGAGUGCAUCCAGUAGCACCAGCCAACCUGAGCUCUGUCGUCAAUGCCUGGAAUGCCACUGUGCUGUGGCAGUGGAAAUACAAAAGCUAUGACUCCCUGGCUCUUGUGUGCCAGGUAGAGCUUACCUGCCAUGGAUCAGAAACAAAUCAUACCUUCUCUGGUGUGGGUCUGCGGUCGGUGGUUUUAUCGGACCUUUAUCCUGAUGAAGAUUACAGUGUUCAAAUCCGCUGUGGUGCCCAGCAGAAUUUCUGGAAAUGGAGUACCUGGAGCAAACAAUUUGCCUUCAAAACAAGCACUGACAUUCCAGAUGCUCCUGAUGUGUGGAUGUGGAAGAACACAGACAACACUGGGCAGGUCAUUUGGAAGCCUCUGACACGAAGACAAAGCCAUGGUCAGAUCACAGGUUAUGAAGUCACUCUCUGGAGUGCUGGAGAAAAUGUACAGCACACAGAAAUCUUUUCACCAGAUACUACUGCUGCACCAGUCAACCUCACACAGAUCGCUACCUUCAGCAGUGACAAGGUCAAUGCAACCGUCAUUGCAAAGAACGCUGAUGGGUUAUCUCAACCCGCAAGUGUAGUUAUAUCUCUGCGUUUGACAGAUACUGAACCCCCUGCUGUGUCCAGGGCAGUUUAUAUGGAGAGAGGUUUCCCUCUUUCCUGGCAGAGUGAUGCCAACACUACCUGUGGUUAUGUGGUAGAAUGGCAUGAUGCAUUCUGCACGCGGGACUGCCCUGUGGAGUGGAUCAAGGUGCCUGCUGGAAACACUAAUGUCUCCAUUGAGUCGGCCAACUUCCAGCCCGGUGUGAGGUACAACUUUUCCCUGUACAGCUGCUCCUCAGAGGCCCCAGAGUUGCGUCAGCGCUGGCAGGGAUACAUGGAGGAGCUGGUCCCUUCCAGUUCUGUCCUCCUGUCAACCAGUCAGCAGGGCUCUGAUAUUCUCCUCACCUGGGGAGAGAUCCCACUGGUCAACAGAAGAGGUUACCUCCUCGGCUACAACAUUUACAACAGCACUGGCUCCGAGCUCAAACUUCUAGCCAAACUGCCAGACCAAGGGAGCAGGAGCUACACAGUAAAGGGACUCUUUGAGGGCUCACAUAAAUUUACUGUCAAGGCCUACACUUCAGCAGGCGAGGACACAGGCGCCACUGCCUCCAUAACGCUGGAGCCUUACACUGAUUGGCUGAUCCUGGAAAUCUUGACUUCUCUGGGAAUCACAGCCUUAUUCCUGGUCAUUGUCACCUUCAUUUGCUACAAGAAAAGGAAAUGGGUGAAAAAGGCAUUCUAUCCAGACAUACCUGAGCCCAAGCUGCCUGGUGAUUGGUCCAGGACACAGGGGCCACUGGAUGUGAAGCCAUCUUCUCACAGUAUAAUCCAUAUUGUAGAAAAGCUUGAGUGGGAUUCUAGUAAAGAAGUGCUCGUCGUCAUUCCUGAAGAAGAUGAGGAUGAAGAAGAGCAGGGGAUGGGUGACGAGCCAGUUGACACAGAUGAGCCAACAUCAUUGCGCUACUACAACCAAGUAGUUGAUGAGAGGCCCAUAAGACCGCGUUUCCCAGACUCCUCUGCUUCUUCUGCAUCUUCUUUGGAUUCAGCACGCACCGAUGUGACAUACACAGGAAUCCAGACCUCAGGGUCUUCUUUGGUGUUCCAGCUGGAUCCACAGGGCUCUUCUGAGGACCACCAACCCCAUGCUGAUCUGUCCGUCAGCUGUGGAGAUGGAGGAGGGGGCUACCGGCCCCAGAUGCAACCUAGAGCUCCAAGUGAUGACAUAGGCCUAGCUUCACCUGAGCCUUUCCUAGAGCCCCAGGUUGCAGUUGCUGGGGGCUACAAACCCCAGAGCUCCUGGCAUUUGGACUCCCCUGUGGAGGCCGAGGAAAGCGGUAGCCUGGCACCCUUUCUUGGAUCCCCCACCUCUAUCGCUUCCACUCAGUUCCUCCUCCCUGAUGGAGAAGAACACGCAGAGGAGAAACGACAGCUGUCAUCAUCCGCUGCAACUUGGUUCACCAAUCUGCUGUCAUCCACAAAACCAUGAUAUCAUUUCUGUCUCACUACUAGCAGUCAGGCCAGGGGGGUUAACAUAAGACUUUAGCCUCUUUUAAACAGAGAUCCCACUAUAGUGCUAUUAAAAAGCCCUUUAUUAUGUCGGCUUUGCUUGCUUACACUGAACCAAACAAAGCCGGCAUAAUGCCGCUCCCUUGUAUGCUUUUUGAUAGUAUGCCGGCGUUCCGGAAUCAGAGGCAUGAUGUGUAACACAACAGCGUCAGCAUCUGUCCCGCAAUGCCGGCUCUCCCUAUUACACAGACAUUGAUUCGGCUCUGUGACUACCUCCGCUGCCAGCCUAAAGGCAGAACAACAAUGCCCCCCCGUUCCAUGUUCGUACCUUUUAUACAGAACGGUGAGGCGGAAUAAAGGUGCAACAUUUCCGCCUUGAACAGGCUGUAUAAAAGGGACUUUUCAGAUUCAUUAUUGUUACCAGCGUCAUGCAUCAAAGAAGUUUGGCCCAUAUGGUCUAGGUAAAUAUCCACUCUCAUGUAGCACUACCCUUACAUUUGCACUUUGUCAGCAGGUCGAUAAUGCUAUUACAGAAAUACAUAUAUAGUUAAUUUCUCUUUCAUGAAAAUAUCAUAAAUCAAAAUCUGUAUAUUUAUGUGUCAAAACAUUUCUAUUUUGACAACAAAUCUUUUGAAAACAUUUCUUCAGAUCUCUCGUCCACCAUACUUAUUGCACCCCCUGGCAACUUGGUGGCUGUUACAAUAAAUCCCCUCACUGCCUUUUCUGUGUCUCCCUAUAAUGGGCAUUUAGGAACAGCAUAUCCUGUUUCAUUUGAGUAUAUCCAGUUUUUAGCUUGCAUUUUAAAUGUUUUUUUUUUUUUUUUGUGAUGUGAAUUUUACAACACAGCAGAAGAAAACUGAAAGUAAGAAAGUUUUUAUGCAAAUUAUGUUGUAAAAAUAAAGAACACUUUUGAAAGGACACUACAGAAGACAGUUUGAAUAGAAGGUAGCUAAGUAGACAGAAAACCUCCCUCUCCUUACAAUAUCUGUGUCUUCUGCUGGUCUACAGUUUGAGGUAAUCUUGCCUCCUUUAUGACAGCCGAUGAGCUACUGAAAGGAAAAAAUGCAUUUGGCUGUAAAGAGUCAGUCUGACCAUUGAAAUUUUAAUUGAAAGAUGAACCUAUGAAUGAGAACUGUCAUCAUGUUACACAGAUACAGGAGUGGUGCUUUCUGUUACAGUCUGGAAUUGUGUGGGUGAUGAGCCCAGUGGACAUACACUUAUAUAAGCUAGAACAUGAAUACAAACUGAUGUAAUUUAAUGUAUGAACACACUAUUAUGUUACUUUUGAGUGUUAUUGUUGCUGUUUUGUCUGCCUUAAACAGUAGAGUUUUUUUUAUUUUUUAUAUAUAUAUAUAUAUUUUCUUGUUAAGACACAUAUUUCACAGUCAGGCCAGUGUCCUUUUUUAUUGUUAUGUAUCGUGAAUUAUCCUCAAGUUGAUGAUUGGUGGUAUUGAACAAAUUAUGAGAAUUAACUUGGUUGGGUAAUUACAGUGUUAAAAUCAUCUCUGACACACUGCCUUACUCCUAAAUGUCAUACAUAGUUAAAAAGGAUUUCUACGGUAAUGCAGUUCAGAACUGAUCAGGAAUAUAUUGUAUUGGGCAUACUGAUUCCACUGGCACGAAGUGUAAUGUACAAAAGAUGACUGUUUUUAAUCAAUGUUAGCAAGUGAUGAAAUUCCUAAACUUUGGCUACAUUAUUAUUGUCAUGAUGUUACCCUCAGCCCUUUCUGUAUAUUUGUGUGAAUGUGACGAAUCCUUUUUCUUUAGUUGCUUUAUUUUCAAGCCCAGAGAGAUGGCUAAUUUGCUGGGCUUGGAAGCUUGUUUAUUUUUAGGGAUAUCUAAGUCUACACUUAGUAGUUUUUUUUUUUUUUUUUUAAAUGUGACUAUUUAUCUUUUCAUUGCAAGUUUUUCAUGAAGACACCAUGUAAAUUUUGUGACCAAGGAGAAAGUAUAUAUUGGAAAACGCUAUCUCUUAGCAUUUGUUGACUAAAAUGUGGAGAAAUGACCUUGUGAAUAUUGGUCGCUUUACAGCACUUUGGCAUCGCUAUAAUGGUGUCAAACACGGCACUAAUUGCCCAAGUACACUUCACAUACUCCAUUAGCUCUUCACCCAUGUGUACAGUGGGGGUGUUGAGGAUGCACCAUUGGCUGGGCUUCCUACGAGCAUCAUUAUGCAAAUAUUAUCCUUUGAUAUUGUCUUCUAUUCAACCAGAAUGUUUAUUUUAUCGUGUUUUUCAGGUAGGCCCUGACUUGCCUGUGUGGCAGCCUAUGGUCUAUUGUUUCUCAGUGCCUCCAGCCAACAAGCUUUAUGUAAAACUACUGUGACAUGAAUUAUGACUUAGAUUAACUAUAAUGGAUGGCUUCACUGAUGAACUCAUAACAGGCAGGCAGUCCUCUUUGACUACUGAGAAAAUGUAUCCCCUCUUUCUCUUUAUCUUGUAACACUGAUCUGAAUUUUACCUUGAUUAAUUGGAAACAUGGUUGAAAGAAUCUGUCAGAAACUACACUUUUCACAAGUCAAACUGAGUAAAGAGUUUCACUGUGUGAGAUCAGUGAUCACUUCAAGGCAGUGAUAAAGGGUGGAUAUAAUUUUGAGUAUUUAAACAUGGCUGCAGAUUGUUUUCCUUUGAAGCCUGCUUUCUCAGACCAGCAGAGCUUUGGAGACUAACCUAUGAACGCUAUGUGUUACAUGCUUUUAUGUUGAUUUAUAUCAACAAAAUGGCACCUUCUUUAUUUUUCUCCAAAUUUUUGUUUUUAUAUAACUGUACAUAAUUAUAAUUUUCUUUCAUUUGUUCCAUUCUCACAAUACAAAAUCUUACAUUGUAAAUGAUAUUCCCUAUACUACAACAUGCAGAGUUUACAUUGUCUAACCAGCUUUCUUGAGAGAAUAAACGUAAAUGUUUGUUGAUCACACCAGAUAUAUAAAGCCCUAUAAAAUGUAGAGCGUAACACUGUAACUGUAUCUUUGUUCUGUGCUUAAUCACAUGGAAAACUUUAAUCUGAAAAGAUCAUGUAAACUGAAUUACAAUCAUGAUCCUCUUCACUUAUAAUGGUUUAGCGUGCUUUGCAUUCCUGCCCUAUCACAGCAAAGUUGCUUUGCCAGACACAUUCUAAGUAAGGCAAGAGUACUCACCAUGCAGAAUCAUACAUCAGAACUGCUAACAUGCAAUUUUCCAUUCAGCCCCUUAUCUUUCUCCAUUGUCCAUUCACAUUUUUAAUUGGAGCAUAUGUUUACUCAAUAGAGCAUAAUGGUUUUGACGUUUAUAUGUCAGGGUACACUUGCUGCCUUACCCAUCUUCAUCUCUGGCCCUAGAUGUUUUGCAAAAUCGAUGCAUGCUGCCUAAACUAUUACUACUAAAGAAUGAGUCAUAAAUCCUUUCAACGCCAUGUUUAUGUUACCCCAUGGCUUUAAAACACUAACUCUGACUAAUGUUGUGCAUGACAACAUGACUGAAGUAUUGUGCAACAGAAAAAAAGGCUUUCAAUUCUGAAGAUGCUUUAAAAUUCAUGAUAUUUUGCAAAAUAGUUUACUAUUGAUUGAAUGAAGAGAGACAGUGAAGUGCUUCUGAGUGAAUGAAUACAUGUUAACAGUAAUAACACAAACUGAAAUGCUACUUGUCUGAAGGCAAUAAAGUUAUUUGU